GACACGCCCACACAAAGCCAGUCAUCAGCUCCACCCACACUUCUGUUGAAGCCAAAUAAACAUUGUAAACAAAACGCUAGCUGAUCAGAAUCUGAUGGCUAGCUAUCAGCGCGUAACAAGAGCUGUCAGCAACGAUCAUGAAGUGAAGCCACAUAUGAAGUCAAGGCCUUUGCUAAAAGAUAUGUUGAAGGAACUUGACUCUGUUGUCACCUGGCAACUGCUCAUGAUCAAUUUGGGAGUGAAGAAGUCUGAAAAUGAUAAGAUGGAGAAAAAUUUCCAGGGGGAUAUUGAUCGACAAAAACAGGAGGCCUUUGACAAGUGGUUGAGGAUGAAACCUGAUGCUUGCUGGAAGGAUGUCAUUGAUGCUUUGUAUGAAAUGGAGGAGAUCAGUCUGGCUAGUAGUCUUGCUAGGAAAUACGACUGGAAAGAUCCGAGAGUAUCUGUAAACUCAAGCUUCUUGAGUGCCUCUUAUGCUCUUAUCACUGCCAAGAAAAUUGGUGAUAUACCAUGUCGAAAAUUUCUUCCUAAACCUGCUCCUGGACUAGAAUAUUACACUUUAGGAGACAAAUCAGUACCAAAAAUUGAUGAAAGAUCAGCAGCAGUGAGGACAAAGCGAUUCUCACAUAUCUUACAAACUGUUCCAUAUCCCUACAGUCUGGCCGAUUUCUUUAGGAGCAUUGAAGAAAGUAACAGUAAGGGAGACUUCAAAGUUGGACUUGAAGCAAGGUUUGGAUCAUUGUACUGGAAGCUGAACCCAGAGACAAUACUUCCCCCAUACUCAACUAACCAGGAUUGGAUCAAAUCUAAAUUGCUCCGAAAAACGUCUUUCAACCCUCAAGUAGAAGAAGCUGAUGUUGAGAAACUAUUCGUUGGCAGAAAGUUGCUUGGGAACGAAGUCACUAGAAUGAACUUGAGCUUUGUAGUGGAGGGCCAAGAUGAAGGGACCUACAUGGCUGUCAUUGCAUCAUAUGCAAAUGGUGAUGUUUUUUAUCUGGAUGCUGUGUACAGAAAAACGGACAUUGACAAGAAAGCAAGAUUAAAUAUUGCUUUACCGGGAUGGAAGUAUGACUUGAGGAUAUCUGAAUGUACCGAAUGUAUCUUGUUGGCUGAGCAUGAGAACAGUAAACCAUAUAAGAAUGCUCAAACCAUUACUAGAUCUUUAUGCAGACUUCUCGAUAGAAGACUUCGUGUCAUUCUCCGUGGAUCAUCUACAAAUAAUGAGAGCUCUUGGAAAGUCAAGUACAUUAGACAGCGUGUGCAAAAGCAGUACGAAUGGAAACCAGAGAAAAAGUGGAUUCUGGCACUGUAUGAUGUCGAUGUCUUUGACUAUGACACAAAUCAGGCUGUUGUCGACACUGCUCCACUGAAUGAAGGAGUGGAAAUAUUGGAGUUUGACUACUCAAGAAAAGAAGUAGAGCUUUGGGCUCAGAAAAUAUUUCCAAGAAAUGUUGACGACACCCACCCCUCACGAGACAAGUACUACUACAUGGAAGGGAUUGAGGGAGUGCGACUGCCUGGGGGGGAACUGAGGGAGCCAUACAAUUGGACCACUGAGGAACUGUUGAGAGAUUUCGAGGAGUUUCUGGGAGAUGCAUUCAAGAUUGCUCACAUCCUUGAUGGAUCGUCACCUUACUGAACUAUAAAACUGUAUGUGUCAAUGUUUAGUUAAUUGUUAUGCUAUGAGAGUGUAACUGUUACUCUUUUACUCUUUUAGCUGUUAGGCCUUUGUAUAUAUAUAUAGAUUAUUUAUGCUUUGCUAUAAUUAUUCUUUUAUUCUCUCGAAAAACAGCUAUAUAUCUAUAGCCUAUAAUUAUUAUUCUUUUAUUA